UUCAUUUCGCUCGCGCUAUAAAGAGAGAGGCAACUCGGAGUCGUUGCGCCGUCUUCACCGCCAAUCGCUGCGCUUCUCCGCUUCUCCAGUCCAGCUCACAGCCACCUCCCGCUGCUGAUUGCGAAUCAAGCCGCCGCGGCGCAACGAUUAUGGCACCGGUGGAGGCGGAGCAGCACCCGCGGACGGCGCUGGCGCUCGCGGCGCACGACGCCUCCGGCCGCGUCUCCCCCAUCCGCAUCUCGCGAAGGGACACUGGAGAUGACGAUGUUGCCAUACAGAUACUGUACUGCGGGAUAUGCCACUCUGAUCUGCACACCAUCAAGAAUGAGUGGAAGAAUGCCAACUACCCUGUUGUCCCUGGGCACGAGAUCGCUGGACUGAUCACUGAGGUUGGCAAGAAUGUGAAGAAGUUCAACGUCGGAGACAAGGUUGGCGUCGGGUGCAUGGUCAACACUUGCCAAUCCUGCGAGAGCUGUGAGGAAGGACACGAGAACCACUGCUCCAAGAUCAUCUUCGCCUACAACUCCCAUGACAGGGACGGCACCAUCACCUACGGUGGCUACUCUGACAUGGUCGUCGUGAACGAGCGCUUUGUCAUCAGGUUCCCUGAUGGUGUGCCCCUUGACAAAGGCGCGCCACUGCUCUGUGCUGGGAUAACCGUGUACAACCCCAUGAAGUACCAUGGGCUGGACGAGCCGGGCAAGCACAUUGGCGUGGUUGGCCUUGGGGGGCUUGGGCAUGUCGCUGUGAAGUUUGCAAAGGCGUUCGGGAUGAGGGUGACCGUGAUCAGCACGUCCCCGGAGAAGAGGGAGGAGGCUAUGGAGACGCUUGGUGCAGACGCCUUUGUUGUUAGCAGUGAUGCUAAUCAGAUGAAGUUAGGGUGCAGCUUCAGAUCUCUAUCAAUGGCUGUGAAGGGCACAAUGCAUGGCAUUCUGAACACGGCCUCUGCAAGCAUGUCCAUGUACGCUUACCUUGCUCUCCUCAAGCCCCAGGGCAAGAUGAUCUUGCUUGGCCUGCCUGAGAAGCCUCUGCAGAUCUCUGCCUUCUCUUUGGUUACUGGUGGCAAGACUCUGGCCGGGAGCUGUAUGGGGAGCAUCAGGGACACGCAGGAGAUGAUGGACUUCGCAGCCAAGCAUGGGCUGGUGGCGGACGUCGAGCUGAUCGGCACCGAAGAAGUAAAUGAGGCCAUGGAGCGCCUCGCCAAGGGCGAGGUCAGGUACCGCUUCGUCAUCGACGUCGGCAACACCCUCAGCGCGGCGUCACUAGCGAGCUCACCGGUCCCAGCUCUGUAGUUACUUCCUGCUUGGAUCAACAAAUGAUCACCUAAACAUAUUGUCGUGUGUCGAUAUAUCGUGUGUAAGUGAAGUAUAUUUUGAAUAAAAAGGAAGUUCUAUAUAGCAAUUCAAACGCAAGUAA